AGUCGUGCCGAAGAUGGCGACGUGCGAGCGGCGGUGUCCGCGCGGUGUUUAGGCGAGUGAGAGAGUGUGUGAGAGAGGUGUACCAUGUUGCCGCCGUUGCAGCGUCCGCAGUGUUUCUGUGAUUCGCGUUAAGUUCGGUGCUAAAUGUAGGAAUGUCAGAGACGAAACGGGUACCUCUGCAGACCCUGGAGUUUCCGGAGUCCCUGGGCCACGCUACGAAGAAGGAGAAAAAGGGGAAUAUGGGCAAGCAGCUCGCUCCCUCCUUCCGCUUCACGCUCACCCUGCCGGAGUCGAACGAGAAGACAUGUCCCGAAUUCAACUACGCGCAGCUCCUGAAAUCGGCCGAGAAGAAGCGAAGGAAAGACGAGAAGAGGGGAGAUGAGAAUGCUACAAACGGAUUGGAUCCGUUCGACGAUGACGAUGACGAGGAUAAGCUUCGAGACAUGGCAAAGCGAUUUGAAGCGAAAUAUGGAACGUCUAUCGGAAAGAAAAGACACAAGUACGACGAUUAUGUGGAUUUGGGCGCGGGAUAUGAUGAGAAUGAUUCCUUCAUCGACAACACUGACGCUUACGACGAGAUUGUACCCGAGGAGAUGACCACGGCGCAUGGGGGCUUCUAUAUUAAUUGCGGGGCCCUCGAAUUUCGUGCGGCCGAUAGACACUCAUUAGUCCACAAUAACAAUAACAAUAAUAAUAGCGAUGAAGACGAGAGCAGCGAGAGCAGCGAGGAAGACACCGAAGAUGUGGAUAGUCCUAAACGUCUAGAAAAACGAACCAUCAGCUCGUCGGAAGACGAUGAGACGGAGGAUAUUACCGGCAGUAACCCACGAAAGAGAAAAAUUGAGGACAACGGCGAGAAGAAAAGUAAUCAUGAAAAUAGCAAGAAGAGGAAAAAGGCGCAAAAUCAUCAAACGCAGGAUCAACAACAACAAAAUUCUCAACAGGAUCCGGACCUUUUAAAUAGACGGAAAGAUAAAAGUGAUAUAACCGAUGUUGAAGGUGGUACAGCUUCUGAGGAUCAAGAGGAGAAGAAAAAGUCUGAUAAAUUGGAAUUACAGAAAAAUAAAAUAAGUGAUAAAAAGUUCGAUAUAAAGAAAUUUGAGAAAAAAUCGUCCAAUAGUAACGGAUUCGACGUGAAAAAGAUGGAUCUAAAGAGGUUCGGCGGUAAGGACAGCAACAUUGACGAUGCAAUUGAGAGUGUUGUGAACGCGGCUAGGGUCGAGGACGACACGUCGAGUCGAGAUACAUCCGACUCGGGGAAGUCGCGCGUUUGUCUCUACGUGGAAUCUGACGGGGAGGAGAUGUAUAAUAAGGAAACGUUAUUACCCGAGAAUCUUCCCGAAGAUAUAAAAGAGAUAGUAAAUAAAUUGAAGGCUCACGCAGAGAAUAGCAAAGAUGGUAAAAGUAAAUUCUUCAACAACACGGUUAACGAAGUACUUUUUAAUUUAGAGAAAAAACUACGGAUGAUGAAUUCGCCUAGCGUAAGGUUACAAACUUAUGCCCACCUAGUACGGUUUUUGCCUUGUAAGAAAAUUACCUUACUCAGUAGAGCUAAAAAAUUAUAUCUGGAGGACGCGGAGCAUAGAGUGAAUGAACCAAUGCAGAAAUUAAAGACACUCAUCGAUAAUGUCAUGCCCUCGGUUAUGGAUAAAUAUAUGAAAGAAUGCCAAAAAGUUGCCGACGAAAAUCCUCAAUUAUACUGGGAGAUAUAUCGGUACUGUUGGGGUUUCGAGGGGUCUCCUGCGGAUGCGGAAAGUAGCGAUGAAGACGACGUCUCUAAAACUACGGACAAACCGAAGAUCCCCCGAAAACGAUUUCCAUGGACUGACGAAGCGAAAAAACUCGUUCUUGAAAUUGCGAACGCCAGGAGGCAUUACUUCAAAAUUCUUAGACCAAGAAAAGAGAGUAUGGAGUCGUUCGUCGCUACUUUUAUGGAUACUAACGUUUUACCGUUGUGGCCACCCGGUUGUGUACGAUUGCAAACCUUGAUAAAAUACGGUAGUCCCGUUGGGCCGGUCAUUAAGAAGAAGUUGAAAAAACCGAAGGAAAUGACCAAUGCAAAUAAUGUUAUUGCCGCUGGGAAUACUCAAAUUUGUAAUUCCGUUGCGAGGAACGAUACCACAAACACGAAUAAUGUUUCAUCUCAAGAAAGGGAGAGGAUACCUACGAUCGUACCCAGAAGUACUCAGAGCAGCGUCGAACAUUCGACUGUGAAUUUCGUGAAUCAAGCAUCGGCAAGGGACGUGGUUAUCGACAAGAAGCAACACAGUAGUAAACACAAGGACAAACACACGGAAAAUAACAUGGGACAGCAGCAAGAGAACGUCACGGUUAAUGCCAUUAAUAAUUCUACCGUUGGUAAAAUCUCCGUUGUACCCACGGCUCAGUUGAUGGCUCAGAAGCAUGUCAAGAGUCACGUCGAGAAAUUUAACCUCAUGGAUCUAACGAAUAGCUCUCUGUCCAUCACGCCUGUCAAUGAUUAUCACAAACUGUCGGGAAAGACCACGGAGUCGAAGAAGGAUGUAGUUUCCAUCACGGCGUGUACGGAAGCAGCGAGUCACUCAAAAACGAACGAAAUAGUACAGACUGGACAUCAUUCCGUGUUCAGGCAAGAUGCUUCUUAUCCGGCGCCAACGCAGAAUCUGAAGCACAGACUUUUACACGAGAACACCGAUGCGAAGUGUGACAAGAGAUUGGUGGACGAUAAGGAUGUCGACCUGGUCAAUAAAACCGAUAAGAAAGACAAGAAGAGAGAUCGGUGCAUGGAAGUGAAGCACAAACCGUCACAUGACUCGAAAAAGAGAAAAAAGGAUCAGAAGAUGCUCGAGCAGCAAAUAGGGCCUAUUACCCCAGACAUAGUGCCUAUACCGCAGCAAGCGACCCUUUCGAAAGAGGAGCAGGAGCAGAGGCAGAACGAGGAAACGAUCGCCGCGACCAACUUUCUCAGCCAGAUCAUCAACGAUGACACGUCACCGCGUGGGUUAACAGACAAACGGAAAGACGGUUUUAUCGCGGACGAUAAUCUGGCUAGCAUAGUACAGCCGACGGAGCAGGAGAAGGACGUGCAAAUGGUAAUGCGGUCGUUGAAGGAGUUGCAAGAGUUGCAAGAGAUGAAAUUUUCUCCCAGUCAUUCGCCAGUCGGCGGUGCCAUUCAAAAAGCCGGUAAAUCGAACACGCAUUACGUCACUUACCAGGAGGAAUAUCAACGAUUGUACCUCAAGAAAGAGGAUAAAAUAAGGUCUAAGGAGGAUUCGCAAUGGUAGAUAAACAAUGUUGUGUAUUAUCGCCCGUUCGAAGCUUCGUUUAUUUGCGGACGGUUACAGUAGUAACUAAAAAUUAUUAGUUGAUUAUUAGUUCCGCGAUUAGUUAACAGGCGGGGCUCUCGGUAUUUAUAAUUACGUUUCUUUUCGGCACGAACGAUCGAGCGAGAGGGCCGGCCGAAACUUCUUCCACUUAGAGAGAACAUUAUCGGUGAAUAGGAUUCACACGCAGCUAUGCAGUGUGUGACGGCGAUCGUUGGCGCGUAUAUAUAUACAUGCAUGUAUGAGCGUGUGUGAGUGUAUGACGUGUGUGUGUGUGUGUGUGAGUGUGAGUGUGAGUGUGAGCGUUAUCGCGUAAAGUUUUUAAGUAUUUUGAAACAGACAACCGCCAAAUUAUGUACAUACAUAAAAUUCGCUCUAGUAGUAAUCUCGGUUGUAUGUGUACAGAAUAAGUAUAAAUUAUAAAAUUCUAAUAAGGGAUUCCGUGAGAAUAGCUAUCUUUGUAAAUAAGUUUAGCAACAUCCCAUAAUUGUCAUAACUGUCAUAAUUGAAUGUUGGGUGGUCAAUGAGAAUUUUAUUUACAUUAUUUCGAUAAAACGUAGUUUGAUCUUUUAUUGUGAUCUUAACAUUGUCAUAAAUUGGAAUUUAAUAUUACUCGCGUACACGUGGCAUUUUAUUUUAACCGUCAACUUGAGAAAAUUGCUUUCUUCCCUUUUCUUUUUUUUACAAGUACUGCCACAAAUAUGGGAGGGGCAGGUCGUUGGUAUCGGUGACCAUUUACUUUUUAUCUUGCGUGUAUGUGCUAUUUGACCACCCUGUGUCAAAGAAUGGAAAAAAAAAACAGAUUAUGUAUUGUUCCUUUUCGUGUAUGUGCUUCGCCUGUCACAUAUUAUCGUACAUACAUUCUUAUAUGUUUACGCAUAAAACAGGAAAUUAUUCAGUUCAAGAUAUAUAUUUCAAUAGUUUACGUAUUUCAUCCACAUUUUCGCCUUCCAAUUGAAUUUAUAUUAUCAAUAAGAAACGAAUUCGUGAUCACAUGAUCAGGAUCAGGAAUGAAUCAGAAUACAAAGCUCUAACGUUUGAUUGAUUAUUGUAAGAGGUCACGAUAAGAUACUUCCACUGUAUAUUGCCCGUUUGCGCAGAUUAUUUUGAUUAAUAUCAUUAUAAAAUUUACAUAUCUCCAACAUUUUAAGUUCCGCAUUCCCUUUAUCUUUAAAGACAGGAGAUUCACUAGAUUAGCUCAAGACGUGUGCGAGUAUUCAGAUUGCUUUUUCGAUUUAUGUAGCUUCAUACGCGGCUUGUGACCGAGUGAUAGAUGUAAUAAAUACUGUGUGAAAAAGAGUGUGUACGAAGGAGACGGAAUGAAUGUAUGAGAGCUGUUAAAAAGAGCGAGAGAGCGAGAGAGAGAGAGAGAGAGAGAGAGAGAAAGAGAGCGAGAGAGAGACAGACAACUAGAAUAUUUUUGGAACACAUAAAGAUGACGACUAGUACUGUA